AUGCCGCGGGGCCCCGAGGUCCCCGUGCAGGUGUGGGUGGGCGGCCAGCUGUUCCAGGCCGAGCAGGGCCUGUUAGUGGAGCACUGCGGUUUCUUCCGAGGCCUCUUCCGUUCGGGCAUGCGGGAGGCGCGCGCCGCCGAGGUGCGCUUGGGGGCGCUGAGCGCCGAGGGCUUCCGCACGGCGCUGCAGGUGCUGCGCGGGCAGCGGCCGGCGCUGGCCGCAGAGGAAGAGCUGCUGCAGGCCGUGGAGUGCGCCGCCUUCCUGCAGGCCCCGGCGCUCGCGCGCUUCCUGGAGCACAGUCUCACGACCGACAACUGCGCGCUGCUGUGCGACGCGGCCGCUGCCUUCGGCCUGCGCGAUGUGUUCCACAGCGCCGCGCUCUUUAUCCGCGACGGCGCCCGCGAGCUGGCGGCCGGGCUGGCGCUGCCCGAGGCCCGCGCCUACGUGGCUACCCUUCGGCCCAGCUACUACGUGGCGCUGAGCACUCACACGCCCGCGCCCGGCUUCCUGGAGGACAGGUCUCGCACCAUGUGCUACCUGGACGAGGAGGAGGACGCGUGGCGCACGCUGGCCGCGCUGCCCCUGGAGGCCAGCACGAUGCUGGCGGGCGUCGCCACCCUGGGAAACAAGCUGUACGUCGUGGGCGGUGUGCGCGGCGCCAGCAAGGAGGUGGUGGAGCUGGGCUUCUGCUACGACCCUGACGGCGGCACCUGGCGCGAAUUCCCCAGCCCGCACCAGCCGCGCUAUGACCCGGCGCUGGCCGGCUUCGAGGGCUGCCUCUACGCCAUCGGGGGCGAGUUCCAGAGGAUGCCUGUGAGCUCGGUGGAGCGCUACGACCCGGCCGCGGGCUGCUGGAGCUUCGUGGCCGACCUGCCCCAGCCUGCUGCGGGUGUGCCCUGCGCCCAGGCGCGUGGCCGCCUCUUCGUGUGCCUGUGGCAUCCCGCAGACACCACGACCAUCGUGGAGUAUGUGACGCAGACCGACGCUUGGCAGCCAGUGGCCGAGCUGCGGCGUCCGCAGAGCUAUGGCCACUGCAUGGUGGCCCAUCGCGACAGCCUCUACGUGGUGCGCAACGGACCUUCUGACGACUUCCUGCACUGCGCCAUUGACUGUCUCAACUUGGUCACAGGCCAGUGGACAGCAUUGCCCGGCCAGUUUGUCAACAGCAAGGGAGCACUGUUCACGGCCGUGGUGCGCGGGGACAUAGUCUACACAGUCAACCGCCUGUCCACGAUGCUCUACGCCAUCGAGGGCGGCACCUGGCGGCUGCUCAGGGAGAAGAUCGGCUUUCCCCGGCCCGGCUCCUUGCAGACCUUUCUGCUGAGGCUGCCCCCUGGAGCUCCCGGGCCUGUGGCUUUGCCUUUGCCAGAACUGUGACCUCCAAACUGGCUUUAGAGGAAACAUCCUGAGUCGUCCCUGAGCUGAGGGUGUGUGAGGCUGGCCUGGGGAGCCACUGAGAACUUCUGACCUAUAGACACACUCAGUUCCUGGCCUUCUAGUGGCGUGAACCGAGGAGCUCAGGGAGCCCCAACAGCUGGGGUCGGAGCCCUCAGAUCACUUGGCCUCUGCUGGGAGCUGGUGGGUCACAAUGUUAGCAAGAGGGGUAGGGGCUUAGGAUUUGAAUAACCCAUGCUUGUACAUGACCAGGCCACUAAUCAAGCAUGGCUAAAUGUGAGCUAAGUAAUAGUAACCAAACCACCAAUCAGUAGGCAACGACUAGGUGCCCAAUGUAUGCCCAAUACAGUGCUAGACCUAACGAGAGAUGUGGUCACUGGGCAGGGAUCCACACAGCUUAAGAUCUAGCCCAGAAAACCUCAGUCCUAGCAGGACAGUUCCAGAACAACAGAAAGCUUACACAUAUUUGUCUCCCUCCACAAAAGAUUGAAAGCAACAUGCUACUUUAAAAAGAAAAAGAAACCACCACAGCAGGAUAACAGGGACAUAAGGAGAGGAGAAACAAAUAACUUCCAGAAGGAGGAGAGUGUACAGAUUGUAGGGAGGAGACAGGCAGGCUUCUGUGGAAAGGGGAGACUGGGAGAGGAGAGGGGGAAGGUAGAUGGGGAAGAUGCUCCGUGAGCCCCGCCUUGGGGGCAGAGGCACCGUGGAUGGAGGCAUCUUAGGGGAGGGGGUGAGGCUGGGGUGACUCACAGCAGACACAACUGAGCUGGUCCUGGAGCAGCCUGUGGGGGAGGAAAGGGUUCCCCACAUCCCCUUUGGGGACAUAGAAUGUCAGGGAGUAUGCAGCUGUAAGCCAUUUGCCAAUGCCGUUUUUUGCCCUCACUACAGGGACAAUGGAUUGUUAACCCUUAUAACUUCAGGUCAUUCAAGGUAUGAGCCCAGUCCUGCCUCACCUCCUCUGUUGUAUGCCUUCAUCUACAUCCUGCAGAUCCUGUCUCUCCUCCCAGCCGAUGCUCCUGCCAUUCCCUGGGCCUGGAAUAAAUGCCUUUCCUGUCUGUCUGUCUCUCUCUCGCUCUCUCUCUCUCCUCUGCUCUCUUUCUCUCUCUGUUGGCUGAUCCAGCUCCUUCUUUUCCUGACCUUGGCUGCCAGCAUUGCUCAUUGGACCCCUGGCUGUGACAUCAUUGAGUGUUUGUGUCUAUGUGUGUGCAGGCAAAGCCAUACAAAGUAGUCAGGGCAGAGGCUCUGUGCUGGUAGCUGGGGGAGUUUCCCCACCUGCAGAAUAAAAUGAGGAGGCUUUGCAAGAACCCAGACUGUAGUUCCAGUUGGAGACCUGUCACUGACUUUCGUUGUUAGACACAGUCUCAUCCUCCUUUGGACACCCAGGACUGACUUCUGUGCAGGAAGCUGGUGUCAGGCUGACCCUGUGUCCCAAGCUUGCAGAAAGCCACCCUCAUGGCCUGGAAACUUCCAGGCCUGGAAUAGCCUUGUCCAAUGAGUGACAACAGUAAACCCUGAUUUUUAGCUCCAGUGAAGGCUACAAAGUACUUUGAUGUCCUUCUCCCCUCCAGACCUGCCACAGUCCCGGAAGCUGGUGCCCUUGCCCUGUGGCCAGUGAGAUUUGUGAAGUGGAAAAGCUGACCAGCUGGCCCAAAGCACACAGCAUGGCAGAGUCCCUCAGUUACAGUUCGGCCAAAGUAUAUUUUAUAUCACGUGUCAGUGAUUGAUUUGACUCACUCAUAAUGGAGCAGAAGAAUGCAAAGCUGGUUGGAAAGGGCAUUUGAAAGACAGAGAUUUGUGUAUUUAGUUGGGAAAGACAUGCUGAAAUAAGUUUGCUAAGUUAGAGAUGAAGCUGGUUACUUACUGUGGGCAAUAAAACCAUCAUGUUUGUGGUUCUGUCCUGGAAGAAAGUCUUUGGCAUCUUUACAUACCUGCACAUCCCUACUUGGGCACAUGCACCCACAGGGUAGCAUAGGACUUCAUGAAAUCUGGGCCCUAAUCAGUAAGCUGUAAGAACAAAGGUAGUGUCCCUUAGUAAUUAAAUAACUUUGAUGUUCAACCCUGUCCCAGGGAUGCUGCAAAGACCUGCAGUCCUUUUGCCUUUCUCCCAAUGUUGUGGAUUCUUCUCCUCUCCUCCCCUGCCCUCCCCUCCCCUCUCAUCUCCUCUCUUCUCCCUCCCUCCCUCCCUUCUCUCCCUGUCCCUCCAACCCAGGGCUUUCACACUGACCUCUGUCAGGGUCUUGCUAUGUCAUUAAAUUGUCCAGGCUGGGCUUGAACUUGCAGUCUUCCUGCCUCAGCCUCCCAGAGCACUGGUGUUACAGGCAUGUGCCAGCACAGCCAUUUGGAUAGUUUUUCUCAACAGCACGGAGGACUUCCUCCUUGCUCUUGCCUCCUGACCAGUGCUGAACACGUGAGAAGUGUGAUCCUGAGACCCAUCAGCUUGGGCUCCCCCACCCCCAGGACUGCUGGGCUGCACUGGCAGCUGUAGCCAGGCCUAUUGGACCCCUGCAUUUGGUGGCUCCUCUGUCCCAGCAGCAAUUCUGAGAUGUCUUUUGUGCAGAAUUCUAACAGCACAGUAUUUGCAUGGAGUAAACUGGUUCCCACAGUUGACUUGAGUUUUUAAGAAUUUUAAGUGGUAGCCAGCUCAGCAGCAGCCCUGCUCCUCCUCUUGAAGGACAAAAAAACACAAAAAAACACAAACUCAAAGGUCACAUGACUGGAAGGGGCUGGGCCCAGCUUUGAACCCAGGGCCACACGCUUGUUUCCCGUGCUGCACCUGCUUGGGUGACAUUCUGAGAUGGACAGGCCAUUUCAAACAGUCUCCUCAGCAUCUGCUCCCUGUCACCCUAUGCUCUGUGUGCAUUUCUUUUGGGGGGUUCAGCUGCUUCCCUGGACCAAACCCUUUUCCUCCCUCUCCUGGGUUCUCUUGCCUUGGGAUCUAGCUGGAGACCAAUGGCCCACCUCACCAGGAUGUCCGUGCCUGGGGACGAGCCGAGCAUUUUCACAGCUCCUGCCUCCUCUCAGGAACUGUGGGUGGAGCUUUUAUGACCCUGCUCACCUUCUGCUCUGGCUCCAGCGUCCUCAGGGUUAAAGGCUCUGUGAUUCCACCCAUGGGCCCCCACUCUCGGCUAGGAUGGUCACCGUGCCUGGUUUGUAGGGAGGAAGAUGGCAGCUGAUGUGACCCUGCUGAAGUCACAUAGCCCAUUAAGCAGAACAGCAGGAGUGGGGACCUCAGCCUCUCAUACCCUGGCCCCUCAGCCACUGCAUGGCAUCCGAGGGGACAAAGCAAGUACAGGAGGGCACAUUACAGAGAUGCUGAGGCGUCACUGACCCCAAAGGGCCAGGUUUGAAACCUCUCUGUCAGAGGCCAGAGGCUGACUUUAAGACAACACACACACACACACACACACACACACACACACACACGCACACACACACGGCUCACAGUAGCAGGCAACAUUUCCCUGAACUUGGUGGCCACCCUGCAGACAUACUUGCUGGAGCUCUGUGCAGACUUCCACAAGCUUUCUCCCAGGCCUUGACUCUGGGUGUCUGGCACCCACGGCCCCCUGGCCCUCCAUGUGUUUAUGUAGCCCGAGGGACCGAGGCAGGAGAGGGCAGGCCUUCCCGUUGUCCCAGCUGGCUGCUGCCUUGCUUGGGGCUCCAUCCUGUUGGUGUAACAACUAGACAUGUCACUCCUCCCCACAGAGCCCUUGGGUGGCUCUUCACCCAUGAAAGUAAAACCCAGAGGCCGUUCAGGAUCUCCUCACCUCAUUUUCUCCCCAACUUCAUUCUUCCCACCCUCUGCACCUCCGCUGCCAUUCUUCAGACACACCAGGCCCACUCCCAGCACUGGGUACUAGAUCUGUGUCCCUGUGCCUGUCUUCGCCUCCCUCCCUUCCACUCCUGCAGGUCUUUGCUCAGGUGUCAUUGUCAUUCUGAGGCCAUUCCUGACCUUAAAGUCUGCCUCCCCUUUCUCUGCCUUCCCUA